AUGGGGCCAGUCUUGGGGCGCAGUUCGUAUAUUGAUGACAUCGCGCAUGGGGCGGCCACGUGCGAUCAAUUAUGUGGUGACCUAGAUGCGUUGCUCUAUCGGUUACGGUACUGGAGUAUCUCAGUUAGCUUGCCUAAGAGCGAGUUCGGGAAGCGGAUACGUGCCACCCCGAAGAUCAUAAAAGGCAUUCAGGAGUUACCAUUUCCGUCUACCCUGAAAAAAAACCAGUCAUUUCUAGGCAGCCUGAAUUCCUACCACAAAUUCAUUGAGGAUUACGCCGUGGUAGCUACUUCACUCUAUGAGUUGACCGAUGAUCAAUCUCGAGCAAAAGAAUCUAUUGAGAUCCUGAAGAGGAAGAUUGUGUCUACACCACUACUCAGACAUUCGGAUCGAACGAAACCUUUUGUGAUCAUCCCUCAUGCGAAUCAGUGGGCUGCUUGUGCAGUUCUAGGACAGAUGCAUGACGGGCUUGUUCAACCUGUUCGUUUCACGGGGCGUGCCCUGAGUGACGCCGAGCUCAAGUACCUUAUUGCUGAGAAGGAAGUUCUCGCUGUGAUGCGAGUGCUCCAUGUGUUCAAGAAUAUGAUCGGAGGAUGUCCGUUGAUAAUCUACACUCGACAUUCAGUGUUGAAAUGUGUCAUCAAUUCUAAAACUGCCGAAGGCCACCUGGUGCCAUGGGGUGUCGCUCUCUCACAGUACGACUUGGAAAUUCGGAAGGUCAGUCGAGAUGAGGAUGGCCUAGCCGCCAUUAUGGGUGCAGGUAUCACUCCCAGGGAGCACUUAGAUGAAGUCGCCGAAGUACUCAUUCCAGCCAAGGAGCGCGUCAAACCGCCUCCAGUCGUGAGUGUCGAAAUUCUCUCGGCAGAGUACUCCGGAGUAGUCCUGAGUUUCGAUGGUGCGGCCAAAACUUCCACAAGGAAGGGCAGCUGCGGAUGCAGCAUUCUGUGGCAGUUACCUGAAUGGAAGGUUUUGGAUGCCCGAGGAUACAUCCUGGAUGGAGUCACCGUCAACGACGCGGAAUACUUCGGGUUGCUUAAAGGACUUGCAAUGGCUUUGGAAAGGGGAAUUCAGGACAUAGUCGUCGUGGGUGACUCGAGAAUUCCUAAUCUCCAAAGGAGGCUAGCUGAAUGUGAAAUCCUGAAGAAACGUUUCCAGACGGUCCGACUGGUGCACAUGAAGCGCGAGUUCAACCAAGCCGCUGAUUACUUGACAUCGAAGCUUCUUUAUGAUCUCGAGAAACGACACCUGGAAGUAGUAUCUAAGAUUCGCGAGCAGUUGGUGAAACCGUCGGAAGGCACCGACACUCGAGUUCACAGUGGAGAUCCCAUGCAAGACUCUGGUGAACGAGAUGGCAAUUCAGGAACGAGACAUGGUCCUGGCCCUGAAUGUGCUCCUCUAUCUUCUGCCGCCCGAGUCAUGACCGUACUCACGAGAUCGCGAGCUCAAGAAGUUGACGACGACGAGGUUCCGCCCAUGGGACCGCUAGCGUUUCAGGCUGAACGCUGGAGACGGAUCAAGGUUCAUCAAGAGAGUGAUGAGUAUCUAACAGAGAUAAGGGCGUUCCUAAAUGACGACCUGAACAAGUUCUCAUCCACACGCCUGAAGAAGAUCAGUAAAGUUGCAGAUCUGUUCGUUCUGGACCGGGGAAUAUUGUACAGACUUCCACACUCUGUUCGCGGAAGACCACGACAUACCGUGGAUAAUUUGAGACUGGUAGUCCUGAGUUCACUUCGGGACGCCCAUGAGGAUUUUCAAGGUGGCCAUCAAGGGAUCACCCGGACUCAUGAGAAGUUACGUACUGAAUUCUACUGGCCCGGCAUGUAUACGGACGUCCAACAUUUUGUGAAAGAGUGCAUGGGCUGUGCUAGUGGAAAAGGAGCUCCCCCGAAUGCUGGACCAUCACUAGGAAAUAUUGAACCA